AUGUCCACCCAAGUCCCUCACCCCACCCUCCUCAUCCCCGGGCCCAUCGAAUUCGAUGAUGCCGUCCUCCAGUCCAUGGCCCAUUAUGCUGAGAGCCACGUCGCUCCCGGCUUCGUCAAGACCUUCGGCGAGACCCUGACUCUCGUGCGCAAGCUCUUCCAGUCCACCGCCCCCACGGCACAGCCCUUCGUCAUCUCCGGUAGCGGCACCCUGGGUUGGGAUAUCGUCGCCUCCAGCUUGGUUGAGAAGGGCGAGAACGCCCUCGUCCUGCACACCGGCUACUUUGCCGACUCCUUCGCCGCCUGUCUGGAGACCUACGGCGCCAACGCGACCCAGCUCAAGGCCCCCAUCGGCGAGCGCCCCUCGUUCGAGCAGAUCGAGCAGGCCCUGAAGGAGAAGCCCUACAAGAUCAUCACCAUCACCCACGUCGACACCUCCACCGGUGUCCUCAGCGACAUCAAGCGCGUCGCUGAGAUCGUCCGCCGCGUCAGCCCCCAGACCCUGGUGGUCGUGGACGGCGUGUGCAGUGUUGGCUGCGAGGAGAUCGCUUUCGACGCCUGGGAUCUGGAUGUCGUUUUGACCGCCAGCCAGAAGGCCAUUGGUUGCCCACCCGGCCUCAGCAUCCUCAUGGCCUCCGGCCGCGCCCUCGACACCUUCAAGUCCCGCAAGACCCCGCCCGCCUCCUACUACGCCUCCCUUGGCAACUGGCUCCCCAUCAUGCAGAACUACGAGAACCUCAAGCCCUCCUACUUCGCCACGCCCCCCACCCAGCUCGUCCACGCCCUGCACACCACCCUGUCUCAGAUCACCGCCAAGCCCAUGGCCGACCGCUUCGCCGUCCACCGCCAGGCCUCCGACAAGGUCAAGGCCGCCGUUGCCGAUCUCGGCCUCAAGCAGCUCGCCGCCAACCCGGAGAACCAGGCCCACGCCAUGACCGCCAUCUGGCUGCCUGACGGCCUUGCGCCCCCGGAUGUCCUCCCCGGCCUGCUGAAGCGCGGUGUGAUCUUUGCAGCCGGUCUGCACAAGGAGGUGGCCACCAAGUACAUCCGCUUUGGUCACAUGGGUGUCAGCGUCACCGGGGCCGGCCGCAAGGACAUCGACCAUGCCAUUGCCGCUCUGAAGGAGGCCAUUACGGAAGCCAAGCAGGCCAAGGGACUGUAA